AAGUUACAGAUUAAAAGACUUAUUUACUGAGAAUUAUAUAUGAUUUGGCCAUCAACUUCCUUGUCCCUCUCAAAUGAUUCGAUGAAUCUGAGCGAAAAAACAAAAUGUAUUUCCAAUUAUAUCUGUUACGCUCAUUAUUUAAUUUCCUUUUGUUUCUGAUAGGGAUUAUUACUUAAUCAUUCUCUGUCCCUCCUAAACUGCCACACUUCAGGAACACUUAAUUCCUUUAAUUUCUUUUUUAGGAUGUGGUUUUCUCUUAAUUAUUUCAUAUAAUUUGUCAAAGUAGGUAGAAUGCCACAAGUUCCUCUGUUCAUUACGAUGAUUAUUGUUGGUUUAACCACUUUAAAUAUGCUAAACCCCUUUGUUCUUUUUGGAGAAAUACCACCACUUUACCCAGGACUUGUCUGUUUAAUCUGAGAGUACCUCAAAACGAUUCAUAUUGCCUUGUUCUGAUACAAUUUUUUAUCAUGGAUUUGUCUUGUCAAAUCGUUGCAAUAAAUAAACUUACUAUAUGGAUCAUCAGCACUAUAUUCUCUGAUGUUGCUGGGGAUAUUACAGUUGCUGUAAACGGAGAAUCUUUCCUACUGCAUAAGUUUCCUCUGGUGUCUCUGAGUGGAAAGAUCCGGAAGAUGCUGGCGGAUGCCAAAGACCCAAAUCUUUCAGAAUUGGAUUUAGCUCAUGUACCAGGGGGACCUGAAACAUUUGAACUAGCUGCAAAGUUUUGUUAUGGCAUGAACUUUGAGAUCACAACUACAAAUGUAGCACGUUUACGUUGUGUGGCAGAAUACUUGGAAAUGACAGAAGAUUAUCGUGAAGAGAACCUCAUUGCGAGAACAGAAACUUUCCUUGUUGAAGUUGUGUUUCCAAAUCUUGAAAAAUCGGUGGAGGCUCUUUCUUCUUGUGAAGCCCUACUUCCUACUGCAGAGGAGGUUGGUAUUUCAGAUAGAUGCAUUGAUGCCAUUACCAGGAACGCUUGUCAGGAGCAACUUGUUUCAGGUCUAUCUCGUUUAGAUUGUGAUAGUGGAUCUUUGGAAGUCAAGGAAUGGUGGGUCGAAGAUCUUUCUGUUCUAAGCAUUGAUUUUUAUGGCCGAGUUAUCGUGGCAAUGGGACAUGCUGGGGUACACAUAGACAGCAUAAUAUCGUCCUUGAUGCAUUAUGCCCAGGUCUCUCUAAAGGGUAUUGGGAAACCGCAAAUUUGGAAUCCAGCAAGACCAUAUCCAUGUAAGGGGGAAAAGGGGCAGAAAACAAUUGUUGAAACUCUUGUUAGUCUAUUGCCUCCAGAGAAGAGUUCAUCUGUUCCGCUGAAUUUUCUUUUUGGGAUGUUGAGGAUAGCUAUAAUGGUGGAUGCCACCCUAGCCUGCAGGCUCGAAAUUGAGAGGAGGAUUGCAUUCAGGCUGGAAAUGGUCUUACUUGACGAUUUGCUUAUACCAUCUGUCCAGACAGGUGAUUCCUUGUUUGAUGUUGACACUGUCAAGCGCAUAUUGAUACAUUUCCUCCAAAGGAUUGACCAGGAAGAAAAUGGAGAUUGUGGAUAUGAAUCAGAAAGUAUUGAUUCUCCAAGCCAUGGUGCUCUAUUGAAAGUUGGACGGCUUAUAGACACGUAUCUUGCUGAAAUAGCUCCUGAUCCAUAUUUGAGCCUUGAGAAAUUCAUUGCUAUAUUAUCAGUUUUGCCUGAUUAUGCUCGUGUUAUUGAUGACGGACUUUACAGAGCUAUUGAUAUUUAUUUGAAGGCCCAUCCGAUGCUAAGUGAGCAUGAAUGCAAAAAGCUAUGCAAAUUCAUAGAUUCCCAAAAGCUGUCUCAAGAAGCAUGCAAUCAUGCAGCACAGAAUGACAGGCUCCCAGUUCAAAUGACUGUUCAAGUUCUCUACUUUGAGCAGCUCCGUCUAAAGAAUGCUCUAUGCGGAAGUUGUGGAGAUACACAAAAGAUGAGCAGUGGUGUUACAAGUGCAGCUAUGUCUCCUAGAGAUACUUAUGCUUCUUUAAGGAGAGAGAACCGAGAACUGAAGUUGGAGAUAUCAAGAAUGAGGGUGAGGCUGAGUGACCUGGAGAAGGAACAAGUGUUCAUGAAACAAGGGAUGAUGGACAAAACAGGACAGAGCAAAACAUUCUUAACUUCCCUUUCUAGAGGUAUAGGAAGAUUUGGAAUAUUUGGUCCUUCUCAGGGAAAACGUAGGAAAUCAGAAGGUAAAACUGCUAGGAGUAGGAGGUAUUCUGUUUCCUAGAAUCAAUUUGGAAAUCAAUGCACUUUUCUUGCUAUCCUUGCCAA